AUGCCACCCAAGCAAGCGAAAGCAGACCCACGGGCCUUGACCCUGCUCUUCAAGAAGCACAAAAUCACUAUCUUGCUCUCAUCGCAAGCUCAGGAACCCCUCACAGCAGUCAAAGAGAAGCUGUUCCAAGUGCUGAAGUCCCGCGGUCUUCGUGAAAUCAAUGGAGACCCGAUACCCGAGGAUCCUGCACACAUCGAGCUUGGGAUUCCUGUCGACCGAAGCGAUCUCGAGAAAGGGAAAGGAUGGACCUGCCUCGUCAAGGAUGCCGCCAUAGAAGACGGAGUCGCUAAGAGCACAGGGAAGAACGGGAAUACCGUGAUAUCGGCUGGUCUGGAGAAUGGUCAUUCAGUCGCUUUCCGAUUCCGCGAGCCGGACGUGGAGAAGGAGGAUGGGGAUUGGGAUGUGAUCAUCCCAACCUUCGACGAUGAAGAGGAAGAACUCUGA